AUGUCGGGCUGGCUAAGCGCCCCCAAAACGUGCACCUUUGUCGCGGCGCUCUGCCUAGGCGUCGCGGCCCUGGCGGCAAACUUCCUCGGUCUGGACGGACGCACCGCGCUGGUAACUUCCUCCAUCUUGGCAGUUGGCCUGGCCGCGGCGCUCGCAAGCAUCCCCGUGAUCAUUUCGAGAGCCCGCCAGCUGCGGGAGGGCAGCGUCUACGCACGGGGCGACAGCGAUGACGAAGGCAGUCUUGAUCCGUUUGAGGGUGGCCUGGAAACAGACUUUGACGGGCGGACGAACAGGCAAGUGUGCCCGCGUGCGGCGUCGAUGGAAGCAAAAAUUCAGCCUCUGCUGUCCCCGCUGAGCGCCGGGCUAGGCUAUUUCGGGCCAUAA